GUAGGUAGAAUUUAUCUUAUUCGAAAUGUAAAUAUUAAUUUGAUUUGUUAAUUGAAAAAUGACAAAUGUUAAGUUUCACUGUUGUCAAUUUGACUCCAGUUGUCCGCGAUAUCAAACUCGCUACGCGCACGCGCACUGAGUGAACAUAACCUCAAAAUCAAAACAAAGUGAAACAAAGCGAAGAUCGAAAACAGAGUCACCAGACAAAAAAUACUAUUUAUUGUGUGAUGCCUCUAAUGACAAGAUGCCUACAAUGAGAUUCUAUCAACGUACAGUGUUAACUUUAAAAAAGUGCAAUUCCCUACGCAUUGUUCAUUUAUCUAAAUCAACAUUAUUUUCGAAUAGAAAACACAUAACAACCUCAAGUGAAUCUUCGCCAACAAAACGAAACGUGAUCUCAUGGCUAAAACCAUGGCAAUGGUACUUUCCGUUCGGUUUUGGUGUUUCAUUUCUAUCAUUUUACAUAUGGCAGCAAUCGAAGACGAAGGAGAAUGAAGAGAAAACAGUGACACGCGAUAUUGUUGUCGGUUGUUAUUGUCAUUUACCAUUGCGUGUUACGAGCCGAAUUUGGGGUUGGUUGGCAAGUGUCGAAUUACCACACAGUCUGCGUCCGACUUUGUAUAAAUUUUACGCGCGUACAUUUAGUGCAAAUUUAGAUGAAAUUGACAAGGAACUCGCGAGUUUUCCCUCGUUAGUCGAUUUUUUCGUUCGCCCCCUGAGAAAGGAUGUGAGACCAAUUGGACAAAAUAGAAUUGUUUCACCGGCUGAUGGAAAAAUUCUUCACAUUGGUCCGGUGACGAAUUGUUACGUUGAACAGGUAAAAGGUGUUACUUAUGAUCUACGACAUUUUUUGGGUGAUAAAUACGAUGAAUGGGAAAUUGACAGUGAGGAGGCGAAGACAAAAUACGUUUCCUCGCUUUUGAAGAAUCCGAAUAAUCAAUUGUAUCAAUUAUCAAUUUAUCUCGCACCUGGUGAUUAUCAUCGUUUUCAUAGUGCGACAAAUUGGACGAUUCGUUAUCGGAAACAUUUUCAGGGGAAAUUAUUGAGUGUCAAUCCAAAAGUAUCGAGUUGGGUGCCAAAUUUAUUUUCUCUAAAUGAACGGGCCGUUUAUGUUGGCGAAUGGGAAGGUGGUUUUAUGGCCUAUGCUGUGGUUGGUGCAACAAAUGUUGGAUCUAUUCGUGUGUUUAGUGACGAGAAUUUAAUAACAAACAGGAGAAAAUGGCCGAGAGGGAAAAAGUACGAAGAAGUUUUAUUUAAGAAUUUAGAAAUGAAAAAAGGUGAAUUGUUCGGUGAAUUUCGAAUGGGAUCAACAAUUGUCUUAUUAUUUGAGGCGCCGAAGAAUUUUAAUUUUUCAUUCAAAGACAAUCAACGCAUUCUCGUUGGUCAGGGGAUUACUAAUUGUCAUCUCAAAGAAACUAAAUGACUUUUUAAUGUGCCUAUAGAAUAAUAAAAGUACAAUGUUAAUGAAAUAUUUGAAAAGAAUUUUUAUACAAGACUUACAAAAAUUUAUGGGACAAAAGUUUUAUAAAAUAAGACAAAAAGAAAAUUCUCGAGGAAAAAAAAUUUCAAAAACAGAUGAAAAUGGC